AUGUAUACAUCGUGUCAAUCCACCAAUAUUGAACAAUCAAUAUAUAAAAAACAGAAUCAUUUUCAGUCGCCUACAAUUCUUCAACAAGUAGAAGUUUAUGCGAUUGAUAAUGAAGAUCCAAUGUGUAUAAGCGCAAUGAAUGAUUCAGAAAUACAAUUUUGCGUCGGAUUACCAGAUGAUGGAAAAGGUGAUUCAGGUGGACCUAUAUUCCAAUGGACAGGACAAUAUUGGGAACAAGUAGGUAUUGUUUCACAUGGAAACGGUUGUGCAAAACUUGGUCAUCCAGAUGUUUAUACUCGAUUAUCCUAUUAUUAUGAUUGGAUAAAUAAUAUUCUUAAAAACGAUAAUGAACAUUUGAAACCACAAUUUUCAUUCUAUGAAACUUCAACAGAACUUUAUACGACUAUAACAAUUAAUGAAGCAAUACCGCAUACAAAAAGUUAUACUUAUAAUCAUCAAGAAAAAGUUCUAAUUUUUGCGAUAAUAACUGUAUUCAUUAGUAUUAUAAUAUGA